CACUGGCUAAAAUUUGAUUCCCUCAAAAUAGGCUGUCAGGGUAUUUUCUCCUAUUUUCGCAAGUUAUCUAUUCCUUCUUAUCCCUGCUCAGAAAUUUGAUGGUAAUAGUUCAACGCAAAAUACUUCUACAGUGUUACCGUUCGAACUUUUCCGUUGGCUUAGGACGACCGUGUGAUGCAGUUGUGGCUGGUUCACUGAAGCAAAACUGACGUAUUUUAUUGUCGGAGCGUUGCCUGACAGGUUAUACUGAGGAAAUAAAAAAAUAUAAAUCAAAUGAAACCGGUUUUAACAGUAGGAGGUCAGUUUCCCUGCAUUUCAAAGGAGAACAUUAGCUUGGUUGCAGAAGUCAAAAGACACUGACUGUAUUCCAGAAAGCUUUCUAUUAAGCUAAAGCUACCACAAGCUAACUGUAGUUCUUGUAAGAGAUAGAGUGCUGUAGGACACAGAGGGAAGGGCAUACACGUUUGCCUUUCCUCUGGGACAGCUGGGCUUCAGAUGAACUCCACAGGCGAUACUGAGCCAGAAGAAAUCAGCAAACCAUCACGCAGUGACAGGAUCCUGGCCUUGACUGUGUGCUCUGCAGCCAUUGGAGGCACCUUCCAGUAUGGAUACAACAUCUCAAUCAUCAACGCUCCUUCCAGCUACAUCCAGGGAUUCAUUAAUGGUACCUACAUGGAGCGCAGGGGCACAAGCUUGGACAUCCCUCAGGUGACCAUAGUGUGGACUCUGAUUGUAUCAGCCUUCCCAAUGGGAGGUUUGCUAGGUGCGUUGCUAGCAGGGCCUAUGGCAGUCCACUUUGGGAGGAAGAACUCGCUGCUUCUCAACAAUUCCUUCCUGUUUGUUGGCGCCGUGCUGGUGCUAACGUGCAGGGUGGCGAAAUCGUUUGAGAUGAUCAUCCUUGCUCGAUUUCUGGUGGGGAUGAACUCAGGUGUAAGUAUGAACAUCCAGCCUAUGUAUUUUGGGGAGAGCGCCCCCAAACACCUCCGAGGUGCUGUGGCUUUUUCCUCAGCUGUCUUCACCGCAUUUGGGAUUUUCUUGGGUCAGGUCGUGGGGCUCACUGAGCUGCUGGGCACAGAGUCUCUUUGGCCCUACUUACUAGCUAGUAACACUUUGCCUGGGUUAAUGCAGCUGCUUGCCCUACCCUGGUUUCCUGAAAGCCCCAGAUACCUUCUCAUUGACCGGGGAGACAUGGAAGCAUGUGUCCGGGCACUUGGGAGACUCCGUGGCGGGGAGGCUCCUGUCUUGGAGAUGGAGGAGAUGCUUCAGGAGCAACAGCAGCAGCAGCAAUUGACCGCCUUAAAUUCUGGAUGUGCAGCUUCUCCCAAGACACCCUGGUCCCUGUUUAAGGAUCAUGACCUGCGAUCCCAGCUCAGAACAGUCAUGGCUGCCAGUAGUGCCAUGAUGCUCUGCGGCAAUGACUCCUUCUACUUCUAUGCUUCCUACAUCUUUCUUGAAGCAGGGAUCCCUCUGGAGAAAAUCCAGUAUGCCACCAUCGGCACAGGGGCAUCUGAGCUUACUGCUUCUAUACUGAGUAAUCUCCUGAUUGAACGUGUGGGCCGCAGGUACCUUCUUGUUGGAGGGUACAGUCUUAUGUCUGGCUGGACUGUAGUCUUUACGGUAGCUCUUACCCUCCAGAGCCACAGGGUGGCGGGGCUUCCCUACCUCAGCAUGGCAUGUGUUUUUGCCUACAUCGUUAGUUUUGGCUUGGGCCCUGCAGGGGUGACGGGGAUCCUGCCCGCUGAGAUCUUUGACCAGGCGGCUCGCCCGGCAGCAUACAUGGUCGCUGGCUCGCUUAUGUGGAUCAGCCUGUUCUUGGUGGGAAUGUUGUUCCCCUUCAUAGUCAGCAGCCUGGGGAACUUCUGCUUCCUGCCUUUCUUGGCCGUGUGUUUGGUGUCUGCUGUGUUUUUGGGGUUCACCUUACCAGAGACCAAAGGCAAGACGCUGGCUGAGAUUACUGCAGAGUUUGAUAGAAAAAACAAAACGAAGAAAGAGAGGCCGGAGAGGCAGGUGAAUGAGCCCAAUGUGGAUCACAUGGAUCACAUUGACAUGCUCGAGUAAAAGUUGAAGCAAACCAUUUGUGGUCACUUAAUGCACUUUCAGAGUUGGGCAGAUGACUCCAGAGAUGUAACCUGUAGUGUCCAAUUUAUGACAGAUGAUUUCUGCGUAAUGACCGAUAAUUCAAUUUAAUUAUGGUUUCACGGGCUAAGUCCUUGAAGAUUUUGUAUCCGUUAACCGGACGUGUAAAGUAGUAGGUUGUCCUGCUCAAGCAGAAGUGCCGCACUUAACUUCGUACUCAAGCGAGAGAGAAUUGUGUUUAAAGGAACACAAGAAGCUCUUUUAUAGCCAUCCCUGUUACAGUAGUUACGUAUAUAGUAUGGGCACACAGAAGAGACAUCCUAACAGUUCACCGAUGCUCUCAAAAGCGAUGACAUGAUCUUCUUCUCUAUAAAAUGUCUUUCUCGUGGUCAAACAGCAUUACUGUAAGUUUUAAUAUGGAAUUGUCUUUUCAAAGAGUCGAAUACAAAUCGAUCUCCAGUGAAAGUAGAACACUAGGUUUACUGUACUUAAGUUUUCAAAUCUGUCCUAUCUCCCUUUCAUUCAGUACAGCCUGGAUGUUACGAUUCUAGUUUUUUUCCCUCACAAACAUGACUUUAUGCCAAAGUUUUGAUCAACACCUUGAAUUUCCCUACCUUUAUGGCUUUAAGAAGGAAAUUCACGAUACAGCAUACAAGAAACAGUCUGAACUGGUGACAGAUAAAGCUCUUGUAAACCUGCUCUAGUCUCUCCUGACUGACAUGUGGUUUUUAACUGUAAUGUGUGUUUCUAAUAUCAAAAGUCAAGACAAUAGUACACCUUAAAUGUAGCCUCAUAACCCACAUUCAUACUCACUCACACUCUCUAAAGGUCUUUACAAUAAUAGAGGUGUUUGCAUUAGAGUGGGUAAUGAUUUGAAUUGCAUGUAUUAAAGAUUCACCCACCCUAAUUCAACACUUCUGCACUUAGUAGAUAACGGUGCUUGUUUACUGUGUAAUCUGACCAUAUUCUCUGUUUUGUUGACAUGUCUGUCCAGUUCAGUGAUCCAUGCUUGUGUACCUUGUCCCAUCCAGAGCUCCGAGUGGAAAUAUUGACUCCAAACUCUGGCAGGUUUAAGUGUCAUGUUGUACUUGGUUAAUUUCACACGAUGUCAAGCAUCUGUAAUUUGUGGUGUUUUUUUUUCACCCUGUGAAACAUUUUCUGUGUACACAAGCACUGAAUUUAUGAAUGAGGCGCUCCAAAGUGUCCAGUGGGUGUCAGCAUUAUCACUGUUCUUGGCUUGCUCUCUUGUAUGUACUCAAAUAUGAAGCUGUAUAAUAUCACACUGAAUCACAGAUGUAACAGCCAAGUGAAGAUGACACUUUUAAAUUCAACAGCGUCAGCUCACAACCUUUCCAAGCCUUCUGUGGACCAUCUGCCAUGGUUUCUAUAUGUUCCCUGUAUCAGUCUAUGCCACUGUAAUUUUUUCUUAGAGUAGCAGAUAUUUGAUAACAGGAAAAUGUCAAUACAGUAAAUCAUAAUUUUUUACAAGUAAUCCAAAUCACCCUUUUAUUUCCUGGAAACUUUUCUUUUCAUGCUGGAUUUCACAUAGAUAAGCACUGUUGUAGCAUGUUGGAGGUGCUGUGCAUUGACUGAAUGAAACUAUUGUUAUUUUAUGACACUUUCUAUCCAAAGCUUGUUAUGAUAGUAAGGAUUUGGUAAAAAUCACCCUGUAUAAUGCUCAUGUUUUAUUUUGUAGUUGUUGAAAAGAUUUAUUUGUCUCUGGCUACAAAAAACUGCAGUUAUUUAUUCAAUUUAAUCAAUGUGAAAAUACUAUGUAUGUACUAUACCAUGUAUGUGAUAUGAUAAAAUACAAAAGCGCUGACCUACA